CUUUUUGUAGAGGUGAAAAAAAGAACAACUGAUGAUUAUGGAGAAAUGAGGAAGGUUUUUAUAAAAGUGAUACAAAUCCCGUAGCACGCCUGGAUCUAUUGACAACUAAUAGUUUUUACUGAACUGCCUGCAUUUACUCCAAGCGAUUAGCUUGAGCGACGGCGGUUUUCAACAGUAUCUCUUAAUUUUUAUAAAUUUAAAUCAAACACAUCACUUUAUAUUUGUCGAAAUUCUAAUAAAACUUUAAACCAUGAUGUUAUCAAAAUGCCGAAUGUUCUUAGCUUACAACACUAGCUAUUUCAAACUAAGUGUGAUAUUUCAUUUCCUAAUAUUUUCAUUCAUUACUUUUUCGUGCUUUGAUCCGAUUUUGUGUUUAAAUAUAUACAAUACAGUCACGGAUGAUUGUAGUGAAAUGCCUGAAUAUUCGUCUGUCAUUCGACGUCCAGGUGAUGGUGGCUUUGAAAUUCGUAUCCAGCUUUUGCCACCAGAUGUAAAACGUCGACGUGGUAGUGGUAAUAAUGGUAAUGUAAUUCAACAUUUAUCCGAUUUGAGUUCACCAAGUUACAAACCAGCAGUUCAUUACUUAAAUGGUAGGGAAUAUCUCAUUACAGUUGGACCCAAAUUACACUCAAACACAGCUAAAACUGGAUUACGACUAGAAUCUGUAUACUUGACUGUUGUACCAAUGGGCUCACCAGAAAGUGAAGAAUUUCAUCAAAGUAAAGGACGAUUUAUGCCAACAAUUUGUUCAAAUCAUGCUAUUGGAGCUAUUCGUUUCGCUUAUAAUUUUCCUGACCAUGUUAGCUUUGUAUGGACAAGUCCAGCUAGUUCAGAAUCAACAACAUUAAAAUAUACACCUAAAGCACAAAAUUUUAAUGCAUGUCUCGAGAUAAGAGCUACAAUCAUACCAUGGCAUUGGCAUCGAUUUUAUUUCAAAAAUUCUGGAUCACUUCGUCAUGUAUUAUGCCCAGCGGAAGAUUUACGUCAAAUAGACGAAUGGUCGGAAUAUUUACAUUCAAAUACAAAAUUAUUUAGAAAAGUGAAAAGUGAUGGUGUUAAAGCACGAUCUAUCACAAAUAUUGGAAAAUUUGAUCAAGACGAUAGUAAAAAUCAUCGUUACAGUGAUAGUGGUUACUAUGGAACUGAAGAACUUGAUUCAUGUUCUGUUCAAGAACUCCCGAAACCAGUUCGUACUUGUUGUGCAUGUAACACAGCUAUUUAUCGUUUAAUUAUCCAAUCUGAAUGGCAGCAACAACAACAUUGGAGAGACUGGCCUAUCACACUAACCGGUGCUGGUGGUUUAACAACAGAAAAUCCACACUGGAGUGAAAUUCUCGGUGCUUCACACAGUCCACAAUAUGACAUAUUUCAUGCAGGUGGCUAUGCAUCGCCAGCUGUAGAUGCAUUGUGCACUACAAGUGAUGUAUCUAAAUUAGAAAGCGAAUUUCGUAAUCAAGCAGGAGAGAACAUAUUAACUGUUAUACGUACAAGGGGUAUUGAUUCUAUGGCUCCACCUGAACAAAGAUUUCGAUCUGCUCUGUUUGCAGUCAACAGUUCUCAUCAUCUGUUAUCAUUUUUAUCACGUAUAGUUCCAAGUCCUGAUUGGUGUACAGGUUUAUCAAGAGUAGAUAUAUGUCUGCCAAACUGUUCAUGGCCGUUAAAGAUGCAAUUUCGUUUAGAGCCAUGGGAUGCUGGCGUUAUGACUGGAAAUACAUAUAUUCCAAUUGAAACUUCUGAAAGGUUAAGAGAACCCAAGCCAAUGUGUCCAAUUACACCUGAUCUACGACCAAAUACUCCUUUCACUGUUUUAACUGAUUACGUAUCUCUGCCAAACUCGGAUUCAUUCAAUUUACCUAAUCUACAUUCAAGUGGUUCAAAUACAUUUAGAAAUCCUAAUUUAGGUUUACCAAUGUCAGAUCAAAUGAAUCUAUUAAAUAUUCCAUCCACCAGUGGACGAAUGCGUAGACAAUUUGCACGACUUGGCACUGUUGAACUGGAGUUAUUACGCAUAAACGAGCAUGAAUCUUGUGCUACUGAAGUACUUCAGGAAGAUCAAGCUAUAUCAAAAACAUCAAAUUUCCCUCGACGUGAUUCGUAUGGAGGAACUGUUGACACGCAAAGUGGUACAACACAGAGUGAUGGCAGAAGAGCAACAAAUGAUUUGCUAGUGGCACGAUGUCAUCUAAGUGAAUGGUCACCAUGGAGUCCAUGCACUCAAGUUGAUUUAGAUACUUGUUCUACUAGUGAGGCUAAAUCAUUCUGGACCAAUACACCACCUCGUAUGUGGCGAACGAGACAUAGCAUAAGUCAGUCAAAUGAUGAAGACUGUUUAACUGCUAAAUUAAAGGAGGAGAAAGCUUGUGAUAUGCCUACAGCUAAACAAACCUGUGGACCAAUUCCAGUUAGCACACCACAGACAAGAAUGAAUUUUAUGGAUAGUUGUAGCAAAUUACCUUGGGGUCCAUGGUCUUCAUGUAUUAACGCUACAUGUACACGUCCAGGGAUGAUUUACCGAUGGAGACGGUUUCCUGAUCAAUCAUCUAAAGUAGCAUGUGAAAGGCAUCCUUUGGCUAGUCAAGUAGAUACAUGUUGGCCACCAUUAAAUUUGAAAUGUUCCGUAUCAGAAUUGCAAACAGCCUGUCUAGAAGAACCACCUACUCCACAAAGAUUAUGUGUUAGACCAUUGAACACAACAAAACGAUACUACUAUUCUUCAGCGACAAAACAAUGCAAAGAAUUUGAAUAUGUUCCGGAAUGUCAUCUUCGAGCACUGGUUGCAAAUCAUCCCAUUAGUUUAACUAGAAAUGUUUUCAAAGAUCGAAACAAUUGUGAACAACUGUGUACAAACAAGCAAAUUCAAGCAGAUGCUGUUUGGAGUCCGAUUGUUAAAAGAGAAACCGAAAAGUCCCAGUACAAAUGUGAAAAGUCACUAGUUAAAGGUUCUUUUUGUUAUUCAGGUAAAAAAUCUCAUCGUUGGUAUUAUGAUAAACAAUCAAAUCGAUGUAUUUCAUUUGAAUAUCUGGGUUGCUAUGGGAAUGAAAACAAUUUCAGAACAGAAUAUGAAUGUAGAAGUCAAUGUGUAUACCGUGAUAAUGCUACAAACAAUUUAGACCAAUUCAAUGUAACAACCAACAUUAAUCAAACAACAUACUACUCUAAUAAUUCACAUGAGAAAUGGCUUCAAAUGCCACAAGAAUGUCGUUAUACACAAUGGACAAAUUGGUCAAGUUGCAGUGCUACAUGUGGACCAGGAAUUAGGACACGUGUACGUGAAAGAAUUUUAUCACCAUCAUCAUCAUCAUCAGAGAACUGUCAACAAAUAUUACCAGAACUUAAACAACAAACAACUUGUCUACUUAAAGUCUGUUAAUUGAUAAUGAUAAAAUUAAUCAUUUCCGAGUUUGUUUGUUUGUUUGUUCAUUUUCCUUAUACAUUGGUUAAGUUAUUUUUCACACACACUUAUUCAUUACAAAUGAUCAAGAAAUACAAUUUCAAUAAGCAAAAACAAAUAAUAAUAAAAAUGGAUACUUUCUCACUGAUAACUUUCCAAGCAAACUGUCACUUAUUGACUGUUGGUUAUUAUUUUCAAACUUUAUAGAUGAUGAUCAAUAUUAUUUGUGAAUCUUUGCAUUCCAUUAUCAUUUAUUUAGUAUUUAACUUCAAUGAUUCUCUUUUAUUCAUUUUAAAAAUUAUUAGUCUUGUUCUUGUUAUUAUUGUUAGUGUAUUGCAAAAAAAAACAAAUAUUUCG